CAAGGGACUUUAAACUAAACUAGCUUCUGCACCGAACAAGGGAGCUUCCUACAUGAGGCCUCUGUAGUGAGUUACUGGGUGCUGCUGUCAUUCAUCCCCCCACAGUAUGAGGACCAGUCUGAUUGACUUCCUGCAGUUCUCGACCUGAUCCUGCUGGAUUGGUGGAGAAUGAAACAGAGCAAAUGGCUGUUUAAAUACUUAUUGAAACUUAGAGCCAAACAACUUGGGAGCUGGUGACUGGAUAGAGGAGGUGACCACGAACAGUCAUGGGAUGUGGUGUCACAAAGUCCAACCAGUUCCACAAAAACUCCGGAAAAGCUGUCACAACUAUAAAAUCAGCCAUCCUCAUUCAGCGAUGGUAUCGUCAGUAUGUCGCCCGCACAGAGAUGAGACGGAAAUACACCUGGCACAUCUUUCAGUCCAUCGAAUACUCAGGAGAACAGGCUCAGAUAAAGCUUUAUAACUUCCUCGGCUACCUCAUGGACAAUUUCACACCUACAAGCAAUGAGAGGAAUUUGAUCUCGCACAUCUUCAGAGAUAACGAAGUCUGCAAGGACGCAGAGUGGGAGAGGUUUUUCUGCUAUAAGAAAAUAGAAGUGCCAGAGAUUUACUCAGGACCUCACCUCACCUUCCCUCUGACGGUAGAGCAGGCGGUCGGGCUGGUGGAGGCCUUUAGGAACAAGAAGCAGCUGCACUCGCGCUACGUCCUCCAGCUGCUGCUUGAGACGCUGAAACAGAUCCGGAUGUUGCCCAAUAUCAACCGCAUCGCUACCUGCCAAAGCAAAGAAAUCACUAUUUGUGGUGACUUGCACGGACAACUAGAAGACCUGCUGCUCAUUUUCUACAAGAAUGACAUGCCAUCCAUGGAGAAGCCCUAUGUGUUUAACGGAGACUUUGUAGACCGAGGCAACGACUCCAUCGAGAUCCUCCUCAUCCUGUUUUCAUUCAUGCUUGUCUAUCCGAGUGACGUCCACCUCAACAGAGGAAACCACGAGGACCAUAUAGUCAACCUGAGGUACGGCUUCACAAAGGAAGUGCUGACUAAAUACAAGAUGCAUGGCAAACGGAUCCUGAAGUUGCUUCAGGAGAUUUUCAGCUGGUUGCCGUUAGCAACGGUGAUCGACCAGAAGGUGCUGGUACUCCACGGAGGGAUCUCCGACACCACAGACCUCAGUGUCCUCGCCCGAGUGGACAGACAUAGUUAUGUCUCAGCCCUGAGGCCUCCAAAGAAGAGGAAUCAAGUCUCAGCAGCAUCGUCCGUUGACGUAGAGACAGAGGAGGACGUCUCGUCCCACAACAAGCUCAGCCAGCGUCGGACCUCCCUCACGUAUCCCAAACCCCUCGUCCGUGAAAUCUUCCAGAACCGCUCGCUGCAGGACUUCUCCGGACUGAUCAAAGUUAACACGGUGGAUGAUGUGGAGCUCCACAGCAGGAGACCGUCCUUUUCCAUCCAGGAAAUCAACAGACCAGAAAAUGAGACGACUCAGGCUGAGUCUGUCACCAGUGAAAAUUCCAACGAGGAGUGGAAGCAGAUCCUGGACCUGCUGUGGAGCGACCCGAUGAACCAGGAUGGCUGUGUGCCCAACGAGGUGCGGGGCGGAGGCUGCUACUGGGGCCCCGACGUCACAGAGGACUUCCUGAACAAACACAACCUGCAACUAAUCAUCCGCUCCCACGAGUGUAAACAGGACGGUUACGAGUUCUGCCACAACCGAAAGGUCCUCACUCUGUUCUCCGCCUCCAAUUACUACGAUGUAGGAAGCAACAGGGGGGCCUACGUGAAGUUGGGUCCAGACCUUGUGCCUUAUUUAAUUCAGUACCAGGCCAGCAGCAUGAUCCGAGAGCUUACCGUGAGACAAAGUGUUGGACGAACCGAGCGCUCAGCCCUUAAAGUCCUGCGGGAGCAGCUGUUUGCGCACAAAUCUGACCUUGUCUGUGCCUUCAAAAUGUUCGACAGCAAGAACACAGGUUAUGUGAGUGUACACGACUGGGCCACUGCAGUGGAGAGUGUGAUGCACCUCGGUCUGCCCUGGAGAAUGCUCUACUCUCAGCUGGUCACCAGUAAAACCAGUGAUAGCAUGAUCAACUACCACGAGUGGUUCAAUGAUCUCGCCAUCAAAGGAACAAACACAGAUCACAUAGACCAAAGUCUACUUGAGACUUUAUAUCGCCACCGCUCCACCUUGGAGACCAUCUUCAGAAUGGUAGACACCGACAACUCAGGCUUCAUAACCAUCGAGGACUUCCGGCAGACCUGGAAGCUGCUGAGUGUCUACCUAAAGAUGGAGAUCACAGAUGAUGCAAUCUCUGACCUGGCCGUCACCAUUGACCGCAACCAGGACGGCAGCAUCGACAUCGACGAGUUCAUGGAGGCCUUCCGCCUCACGGACAAGAAGAGUCGGCUGGAGCGAGGACGCAGCAUGUUCAUGGGGACGGCCACCGACCUCACCAAGCUUGAGGGAGACCUCAACAUAUGAGCAAAGAGAGCAACCUUAGCCUCACCAGGCAGCCAAGGGGAUUGGAGGGAGUGGAGAUAAAGCCAACGCAAGCUGCUUUAGUGACGCACAUUGAGACGUAGGAUGCUGCUGAGCAACAGCUGUGUAGUUCACAUGGGAUUAGAGUGAGGAUAGAGUUCAGGAUAUUUGACAGCGAAUAUUAAUUUCCCAUUUUGAUGCAGUUGUAUCCAGUGAUGGUGCGUGUGUGUGUGUGUGCGCGCGUGUGAGAACCACAACUGCAUUUUGUCUCUUUAUUAAGUUAGAAUUGUCAAAAACUGUUGCAAGUGCAAAAUCCACAAACCGAAACAAAAAGGCAUCAUAUUUGGGCUGCAUGAUUUUUAAAGGUAAGAUAUCUUGUGUUUUCCUCAAAAAUAGUAGAGUAGUGUAGUAUAGACUAACACAAAAGUAAUGCCUUUCCACACUUAGACCCACUAGAAAUGUACUUCUGCUCAGUUUUAAUUUAACUUCAGUACACUGUUUGGGUUUGCGGUAUAUUUGUGGGUUUUCGCUGGUUAAAUAUUUCCCGUUCCAAUCAGUGAACAGAGGGAGUGGCUGAGAACGAUGACGGUGAGGUCGUACACUAGUUUGAGUUGUAUUUCUGUAAUGGCGACGGAGAAAGAUGCGAGCAAAGCCAUUUGGUCGGUUGUGGCAACACUGGUAAAUAUCCAGAAGUUAAACCCCGAGCAAGAACAAUCUUUGCUAAGUUGUGUUGCUGGCCAUGAUGUUUUGGCCCUCCUCCCUACGGGGUUUGGUAAAAGUUUGAUUUUCCAGCUCGCUCCAUUAGUGGUAAAGGAGCUGGCUAAGGCUGGGUGUCAACAAAGAGUGUUUUGGCCUCACAUUGGUGUGUAACCCCUAGCCAAAAACACAUUCUCAUUUUCAACCGCUGCUUUGCCUAUCAGCAUCUCAUACCGACCAAACGGACACACAAGUCUAACUGAUACAGACACCACUGACUCCAGAUGUUUUUAAAUGUAUGUUUUGGAUGAUCAAUUUUCAUUACGUCAAUUCCCAUAUAUGUAUCUCAAUAGGCUCAGUUCAAAGACAAUAAUACAUUGUACCAAUCAAGCAAUGUCUCAAAAAUAUUCAAAAGCAGUUGUAAGUUACAUGAGAAAAAAAUAUAACACAUAACAAGAAGAAUUGAAUCUCUUUUGAAUGCUUUUUGUCAUGUGUUGUGUUUUUUUCUCAUAGUGUUUCACCAGGAAAUUGCCAGUCAUUUUAGGGCUACAACUAACAGUCAUGUCAUAAAAGAUGAAUCUGCUAAUUAUUUUUUCAAUCAACUGUUUGGUCUAUAUAUUGUCAGAAAAAAUGCCUAUUACUGUUUUCUAGAUCAAAAGGUGACGUCAUGAAAUGUUUUGUAUUAUGCAAUUCUACAUCAGUUGCACUAAUUAAUUGCAACAUUAAAUGUUGCUGGUGCCUUAGCAGUAGAAGUGUUUUAACUUCUAUAGAUGAAGUUACUGUAAAUCUGCACUGAUGAUGUUUUGUAUCAGUACCAACUGCCAACUCUGUCCUGGGGUCCCUCCUCGUCUCAGGUGGGAUUCAAACACUUCCUUUGGCCAGAUUGGGGAACUCAUGCUUUUAUUCAUUUUACUUUUAGGAUGUAUUUCUACCUCCAAAUUGUUGUUUUGAAGCCCAGAACAAUUACCGUUUUAAAGGGAUAGUUUGAUAUUUUGUGAAAUACAUUUAUUCUGUUUCUAGUUAGCUGAGAGGAUCAUUACAACUCUCAUGUCUGUCUGCUCAAUAUGAAGCUGGAGCCAGGAGACACUUAGCUUAGUUUAGUAUUAAGACUGGAAACAGCUAGCCUGGUUCUGUCCAAUAGAAACUAAAUCUGAAUACCAGAACCACUAAAGCUCACCAAUUAACACAUUUUACCUAACUUUAGUUUUCCAUACAAAAUCUGUGAUUUUACACAUGGUGGUAGACAGAUUUCUUUUCAUUUUGGACAGAGCCAGGUUAGCUAUUUCCUUCAGUUUCCAGUCUUUAUGCUAAGCUAAGCUAACCAGCUGCUGGCUGUAACAUCAUAGUCAAUCUGUUAUCAGUCUUCUUAUCUAAUAACUAUCAGCAAGAAUGCAAAUAAUAACCACAACUUUUAAUUAUUUCUUUAAGAUUUGUAGACAUUUUUUUGAUAAAUCUUCUGUUUUCAUUGUUAAAUAAAGUUUGCACAUUGUUUCAUAUUGUGAUAAUUCAACCAAAAGAAACAUGAGGAAAUCUGUGUGCAU